GCCUGAGUCCACAGUUCGUUCCUGAGAUUUGUGUUUGCCCAGUCAGGCGCUGUGAAGCUAAAGAGAGCCGGUGGGUAUACGACGCACCCAAUGUGACCCGUGGGGAGGAGUGGCAGGCAGGGAUCGAGAGGGGCAAAAAACUGGCAGGGUGCGGUCUUAUUUGCGCCGGCGACUCAGAUCACUUUAAUUCCCGAUUCAAGUGGAAGACGUUCGCCAAGGGAGCUCAUUCAAAGACAGCAGCAGUCUCUCUGACAGUUGUCCUAGGUUGCGUCGGAGUCCCACCGUAUCUCUCUCUCUCCUGUUAGAUAAAUAAAUGGACUUGCCUGCUCAUUCUCAUUUCGGUGUUUUUCUCGAGAGACCGACGUUUCGCAUUGUGUGGGCACUGAACACUUGGUAUCACUGGAUCUUUUCGCCAUCUCUCCGUGACAGCCUCUGCGUAAAGCGACUUAACUUUUACGCACUGACGAUGACGAGGAUAAGGGCGAUAAAGAAGUAGACAUUUCGUCCUCCACCCCCCAUCUUUUACCCCGUGGGGGGGAAUAAGGACCUACUGGGGGUAGUCUCGUAUUCAUCGGCGAGCUGUGCCACCGUACCACUCCGUGUGAGUGCCCGGCGCGUUGGGGUGGAAUGCGUCUCCCCGUGGUGUUUGGGUUCCUCAUCGGCUGCGCCCUGAUUUUCGCACCUGUUAACGAGGGUUGUGGGCCGGGGAGAGGAUAUGGGAAAAGGCGGCCUCCGCAGAAACUGACACCCCUUAAUUACAAGCAGUUUAGUCCGCAAGUAGCCGAAAAGACACUGGGAGCCAGCGGCAGACACGAGGGCAAGAUAACAAGGAACUCUGAGCGCUUUAAAGAGCUGACGCCGAACUACAACCCCGAUAUCAUCUUCAAAGAUGAGGAGAACACAGGUGCGGAUCGACUCAUGACGCAGCGCUGUAAAGAUAAGCUGAAUGCUCUGGCUAUCUCUGUGAUGAACAUGUGGCCCGGCGUGAAGCUCAGAGUGACUGAGGGCUGGGAUGAAGAUGGUCAUCACUUUGAAGAUUCACUGCACUACGAGGGCAGAGCCGUCGAUAUCACCACCUCGGAUCGCGACCGUAAUAAAUACGGCAUGUUGGCACGUCUAGCGGUGGAGGCCGGUUUUGAUUGGGUCUACUAUGAGUCCAAAGCUCACGUCCACUGCAGUGUGAAAUCAGAUCACUCUGUGGCUGCUAAAACCGGAGGCUGUUUUCCUGCAUCGGCGUAUGUCACAGUUGAGGGCGGUACCUUGAAGACCAUGGAGAGCUUACAACCUGGAGAGAAAGUUCUCGCAUCUUCAGAGAGCGACGGCACCGGACCGCUCCUCUACAGUGAAGUCAUCGCCUUCCUGGACCGAGAUCAUACCGUCCGGAAGCAGUUCUACAGCAUCCAAACAGACUCCGGUGCCACACUGAGCUUGACCUCAGCCCAUCUCCUGUUUGUGUCCGUGGGGAACUGCUCAGGGUCUGUUGUGAGCGGAGAGCUGCGAUCCGUAUAUGCCAGUGACGUGCGGCUAGGUCAGUGUGUGGUGUCCACACGAGAACAGCAGGGACAACUGUCCCGGGUCACUAAGAUCCAGAUCCAGGAGGACAGGGGCGUUUUUGCUCCGCUUACCCGCCACGGCACAGUGGUGGUCAAUGGCAUCGUUUCCUCCUGCUACGCAGCCGUGGACCAGCACGGGCUUGCUCAUUGGGCGUUUGGCCCACUCAGGGUACUUUAUAACUGGGGCGGGCCAGUUGGACAUCAGGCUGUGGGGAUACAUUGGUAUUCCUCACUGCUGCACUGGGUUGGGACUCAUGUGCUGGACCCAACACAUUUUCACCCCUGGAGCAUGACGGACAAUGACAGAUGAAUGCGAGGAGGAAAUGAGAAAUGAACAGAAGCGUUUGGUAAAUAAAUGGGGAGGAAUUGAACGAAUUCGGAUGAAUUGUCUACAAGUAGGAAACAGGAAAAGAAGAGACGAGGUUAAAUGAUGCAGAAAGGAAGUUAAUGGAGAGAAGGAAGUAAGGGAGAAGGUUUGAAAAACAGAAUCGUGCAUGAGCAAAAUGGAUUCUGUCAAGAGACUAAAAAGGAUGCCAUGAUUCUGUGUGUCGACUCUCGUUUGAGAAAGUGGACAUGAACGGAUUCCUUUAACUCAUGUGUAAAGAAAUAUUUAACACUUGUUUAAAUGGGUUUUCUAUACUGCCUACACUGGAACAUUCUCACAUAUACAGACACGCACACGCUUACUCAUAUACAGUAUGUCCGUCUGUGUCUCUUCUACAUGUUCACUAAACAUAUCAUUAUAAUCAUUAAAAACAGGUAAACUAAAAAUGCUCAUACUCAGGUAAGCAGUGAACCACCGGACAUCAGGCCAACCCCGCCUGAUAAGGUUGAGGUUUGAGAUGGAUAAGGAAGUCCUUUUCAAAAAGAAAUGAGAUUGGAAGGUACACAAACACACCCACAGAAACUUCACAGCUGUAGAGCGAGCAUGGGCAAAACAUCAGGAAAAUGUCUUAUACUGCAUAGAAACCUGCUGUGCUCUCAGGUCAUAACCGUUUUGUUUGCAUUUGUAUGGUCAGUUACGUUUUUCACUGAAAAGAUAAGUGUCUUUCCCAACUUAAUCAGCUAUUUAAUGGUCACACUUUACACUGUAUUUCUCCAUCUAGCAUACAUAAGGGUUUGAGUACACUUUUAUGAAGGUUUAUUAGAAACAUUACGUUAACUCAGUGCAAUGUGUAGCAAUGUUAUAUGCAUCAGAGUUUAUGCCAGUUUAUGUAGGCCUUAUGUGUGCUUUAUGCAGUAAUACUCAAUUUCCCGUACAAUUUACUGUAUUUAUCUGUUUUGUGGCAUUAUUUACAUUUUAC